AUGCCAAAAAGGCCAGGAGCGAUCAUGUCGUCGUCUUCCACCUCACCUUCCGAAUCCUUCCCAAAUUCCAAGGAUGGCAAUCGUCAGCGGUCUACUCGAAAACGACGGGCUCUUUCAUGGGGUUACAUGCCCCAAGGCACACCCUGGGAUCUGACGGACUCGCUGAGCAAGUUGACUCAAAAUAUGACCGAAAUCCCAACUCUGGAUAUAGGCAAAUGGGUGCGCCGGUCGGUUGAAGAGUGCCGGAGGGAGACACAACAAAAAGGAAUGGUUCCGCGGCCCAUGAACUCCUUCAUGCUAUAUCGGUUGGCGUAUACAGAAAGCAUCAUAAGACUGUCGGCCCGACGCAGCCCCUAA